UAACGGCAGGCGCGCGCUGAUAAAGCACCAGACGGUGAGUAAAGUGACUGCCGGCUGUCGUAUAAAACUGGCUCUCAUGGCGGUUACUCAGUGCGGGAAAUUAACGUUAACCCAACCGCCCCUUCCUCAACGGAUUUUUUACAACGGCUGCUUUUUGGCUGGCUUUUACCCACAGUCAUGUGAUUGUAACGUAAAACCCCUAACCGGAAAACACCGACGGACGACCCUCUCCGCCGCCAACGAAUGCUGCGUUUACAAGGAACACAGUUGAAGCUGCUGCGAGCGAAGAGAGGACGGACGAGUCUCCGGUAACAAACAAACAACGGCGACACGGCAAACUCCGCUCGUUUUCAGCGGAGUCCAGGUUGAAGAAUGGAGUUGGCCAACCAUGGUCUUAUCCUGCUGCAACAGCUUAACGCUCAGAGGGAGUUUGGUUUCCUGUGCGACUGCACCGUGGCUAUAGGAGAUGUCUUUUUCAAAGCCCACAAAGCCGUCCUUGCUGCCUUCUCCAACUACUUCAGAAUGCUCUUUAUUCAUCAGGACAGUGACUGUGUGCGUCUGAAGGCUGCUGACAUACAGCCAGACAUCUUCAGCUACCUCCUCAACCUGAUGUACACUGGCAAGCUGGCACCCCAGCUGAUCGACCCCGCCCGACUGGAGCAGGGGGUCAGAUUCCUGCAUGCUUAUCCCCUCCUGCAGGAGGCCAGCCAGUCGGUGUAUUCCCACCCCGAGCAGAGCAUCAAUCUCUCCACGUCCCUUUAUGGGAUUCAGAUUUCUGACCAACAGGGGGCGCUGUCGGCCAGCGUUCCCGCUCAGCAGCAGCUCUCCUCUCCGUUUGACACAGACCAGACCAGUUCUGAGGGAAAGCGCCCAUCCACACCAGCUGCCUCCUCAUUUGCAAAUUCCUUGCAGCCCAAGGAAGCUCCCUCCGCUCCCGAAGAGGAGGCCUCAACAAGCGGCACAAAACCCUCCGUUGAGGACGGGGUAAUGGACUAUUUAGCUGCCGAUGGUUCCCAAGCCAGCGCUAUCCUCCACGUGAAGCCCAGCAUAAUGAAGAGGAACUCCUCCUUUAGGAAGCAUUACUCGUGCCACCUUUGCAGGAGCAGAUUCACUCAGAGAAGCCUGCUCCGGGAGCACCUCCUGCUGCACACCCAGGCCCUGCAGCAGGCUGCCGCCGAGCCCAGCAAGGCGCCGUCACCCGUUGUGGUUGGAGAGCACAACUUGAUGGCCGAUGCGGUUGCCAAGGCAAGCCAGGCCGCGUCCGGCGCAUUGGCCGGAGCCACGGCAGUGGAGAUCAUCAGCGACAGCGAGCAAACUCCCGUGUCAGCGGCCAAUUCGGACUCUCCCCAGGGGGAGGUGUCCACCUCCACCUGGGGCGUGGGAGGGCUGAAUUCCCAGGCAGACACACCGCCACCCUCCGAUAUCGCCGACAUCGACAACCUGGAGAAUGCUGACCUGGACCGGGAGGUGAAGCGGCGGAAGUACGAGUGCUCCACCUGCGGGCGCAAGUUCAUCCAGAAGAGCCACUGGCGCGAGCACAUGUACAUCCACACGGGGAAGCCCUUCAAGUGCAGCGCCUGCGGGAAGAGCUUUUGCCGGGCCAACCAGGCCGCGCGCCACGUGUGCCUGAACCAGGGCGCCGACUCUUACACCAUGGUGGACCGGCAGAGCAUGGAGCUGUGCGCGGCGGGGGACGACAGCAACCAGAUGGAUUCCUUGUUCAUGGGCUCCUCGAAGCCUUACAAGUGUAACAUUUGCGCGACCACCUUCUCAAGCCCCAGUGAGGUGAUCAAACACCUGUGCUUCGCCCAAGGGGGACUGGUAGGGCUGCAAGGAAACGCGGGGGCAGGCAUGCUGCUCCAGCGUGAAGAAAUUUCCAAAGAUGAAGGCUCCGAUUUGUCCAACUCUGGCAACCCACUAGAACCAAUAAAGACUGAAGAGAUCCUUGUAGAAUAGAGCCAAAACCGUUUUAUUUUUGUUUUGUUUUGUUUUCCCUCUUUUAAUGUGUGUUUUUAUGUAAUUAUGGUUAUUAGUUUAGCUAAAGCUGAAAUUAGUCAGGGUAUACUUGUUAGGUCAGCUCAGCUCACUGAAAAUCUAUUUUAUGAUACAGUGUUUUGAAUAUUUUAGCCCUGGGAGUGAUAGUUUGAAAGCAUAUGACUCUCUCUUUUCAUUCAUAUGAAAAAUAAAUCCCAGAUUCACAAGUGAAGGUCAUAAGUCAAUCAUUUAAAUGUCCAUGAACAUUGGCACUGCGCUGUGUCCUGUUGGGUUGAAUCAGACUGUGGUGCAGCUGUGUGCAGUCUUAGCAUGAGAGGAAGAGGAAGCUCAGGCAGUUCCGGAGGAGACACAUUCUGUGAGGCCAGUUGGCUGUGUUUAGAUCUGUGAAGCAAAAGGGUUGCAGAGAACUCCUCUUUCCCCGGGAACGGUAGUGCACAGUUGUUUCCACAGGGGCUAUAAAUGAGAGGCAGAUUCUCCUCAAGAGGUACAGAAACGCCUUUGCAGUCAGCAAAAAGCACACAGAACCGAGACAAUCCCAGUCAAUUCUCCAUAUGCAUCAACGUACGCUCAUGUUCCGCUCGUGCCCUGUUUGUGAUUUCGGCUCCACAGAAUGAAUCCCUCAACAUGUAAUGGAAUGACUAUUAUAUCUAUCUAAGCUGAAACGUAGUCUUUAUCUGUGUUUUGUGGAGUGUGAUCACGGUUCCCGUCCCCUUCCUGUAACAGCAUAUCACAGCACAGCUUUUUAGCCUCUGGAAGUUGGUCACAAGGAACCGAAGUGAGCAUUGUCUGCAGUUGUGCCACUGUGAUGCUUCUUUUUUUUCAUAAUUGUUGCUUGUUGAGCAUGUUCUGUAUUUCCAUAUAUAUAUAUAUAUCUAUCGAUUUAUAUACAUGUGAAUAGAUAGAUAUAUAUGUAACUCUUUGAUUGCUCAUGUUCUAUCGAGAAAACCCAAACUAUUAUGAGAGGCUGUAUUUUAGAAAAUGAUAAAUCAUGUCUUUUUUGUUUUUUUAGGAAUUCUUUUAAUUCGUUCUUAAACCCCAUAAAGUUUGUUUGACAUGCUUUUCUAAUUUUAUACACAGUGCUAUAUUAAUAAAAAAAAAACAUUAUAUUUCAAAGAUGUAAGUAUAUUAGAGGAUGAAUAGCUUUCGAAAUAGGCAUUAAUUUGAUCUAGCUACUAUAAAUGUUUUAGGGAUGUGAAUUUUAAGCAUAUCUUGAAUUUAACCAGGUCAUAGGCUAAUAUGAAUCAGUGGUAUUUUUAGGUCCCUUUCCUGGCCAGAUAAGUGCUGACUGAACGCUGACACAUUCAUUUUGUGCCGAGAGACUCUGAUAUUUGGAUGAUAUUAGGCUGUCUAAGCACUCCUUCGGUCUGCCCUUAUCAGAUGAAGCGAAUGGGGAACGCAGCAGUUGUAGUUCAGAGACACCCGGCAGGCAGACUGAGCAUUUCUCCCCUCGUCACUGUGGAUGUGGCCAGCUGACGGCGCGCCACAGCAGGCGUUGGUAAUAACAAACAUUGAAGGUAAUAAAUGUGUUUGAUAGGGAUGUAAAGGUGCUGCACGUUUUCCCUGACAUGUUUAUUAAUGUGGGAUGAGAGAAGGAUCUCUGCUGUAUGUACUACUGAUGACUGGAACUCAUGAGACAUCUUUACGUACAUGUCGAAUAAAUGUGAAGCUGGGAAAGUGCUUACCUUUCACAUGAUUUGUCACGUGGAAAUGAAAUCAUUUUGAGGGUAAGAAUACUGUAGAGCUGAAGGAAAAUAUAUUCCUUUAAGUGGAAAAUGAGCUUGUUUUGUACAUUUUUACUUGUUAGAGAGUCACCCCUUUUAUCCCCUUUAAAAAUUAAACUGUCACACAGUUUGUAAAGCAGCAUGUUGCUCCUGCUCCUCUUUAUCAUGAAAGUUCUUUGAGGAAAGUUUUAUCUGCUCAUCAUUAUUACGAUUACUUUUGGAAUAAGCAAUAUCACCUGUACCAAUGCACAGCCGUAAACUUAAAGCAUUGAUGUGCAUCUUCAGGCAAAUUUUAAACCAUUUGUCAGUUUUAUUGACCUGCUUUACUAAAAAAAAAAAAAAGAUCAAAGGCAAAAAGGGUCCGUUUCUAGUGCAUUUUUUAAAACAUAUUCUUUUUGUUUUAAUAUUUUGACAUGAGAACACAUGACAUUUUUAUGAGAACCUUGUGAUGCAAUUGUUAAAAUCUUCAUUGACCCAUUUUUGUCUUGAUGCAGUUUGUCCGGUUUUCCAAUAGAUGGAGCUGUUUCUGUUUUCUCAAAGCUAGAGGAGGCAGGAACCCAGGCAACAUUGGUUACCAGUUACACUGACAGACGUCUAAGAAAAUCCAUUUUCAGAUCGGGUUGACAUUCUUUCUUCGCCCUCAUCUUGUAAUUUAUUGCCAAGUAUCUCAGGAAAAUGAGAAUUCUGACAAUUACUGUCCAUUUUCAUUGGACAUCAACAUAUGAAUUUAAAUUUUACCCUCUUUCUUUCCCAGUGCCAAUCUGACAUCUACUGUGACUGAUCUGUGUUCUCAGGAAAGUGGUAAAGGGUUUUUUUUUCUGUAAAAAGAUUUUUUUCUUGGUGGUGAAAAAAGAAUAAAACCAUGUUUUUGAAUAAACAAAUGAUUUUAUCUUUUUCUUACCCAAGAUGCAACAUGAGCGACUCUUCAUUUAAA